GUCAUGCAGCUCGAGUUCUCGCGAUAAGGCCCGAGAGGCUGCGCGGUUCGGUGGCAGCGCGUUCGCGGCUGAUGUUUAAACCCAAAGCGAGAAUUCUGCGGAUUUAGGUCCUGGAUUUGAGAUCGGCGGCGGUCCGGACUCUCAGGCAGCCAUGAGGCGCAGUAAAGCCGACGUCGAGCGCUACAUUUCCUCGGUGCAGAGCCUCUCUCCCGCCCAGGCUGAGAAACCUGUGAAAGGAUUUUUAUUUGCGAAGUUGUACUUUGAAGCGAAGGAGUAUGAACUUGCUAAAAGACACGUGUCGGCUUAUUUAACAGUGCAGGUCAGAGACCCCAAAGCUCACAGGUUCCUCGGCCAGCUCUACGAAAGAGAGGGUGAAGUUGAAAAAGCUAUAGGAUGUUACAAGCGUUCAGUGGAUCUGAAUCCAGCUCAGAGAGACUUGGUCCUGAAGGUGGCUGAGCUUCUGUGCAGUAAACCUGAACUGGACAGCAGAGCGGAAUUCUGGGUAGAGAAAGCUGCCAAACUGUUGCCUGGUCAUCCUGCCGUCUUUGACCUCAGGGAGAAACUGCUGAGUGCGAAGGGACAGCAGGGCUGGAACCAGCUGUACGACCUGCUGCAGUCAGAGCUGCAGCUGCGCCCGUCCGACGCCCACGUCAACAGCAAGCUGGUGCAGCUCUACUGCUCAGACGGACGCUUGGAGGAUGCGGCCAGGCACUGUCUGUCUGUGGAAAGAUCUGGAGUGUUGAGACACAGCCUGGACUGGUACACCACCGCCAUCCACACCAUCCAGGAAUACUUGGCACAACCAAGCGUAUCUUCCAAUGAGAAACUCUGUCGCAAAUUUCAAAAGGAGCUCUUGCUGGCUCACUGCAACCUGCUGAGACUCACACUCUCAGAGAAAGGAUGCCAGGAAAGUGUGGACGCCCUUCAGACUUUUGACCACGCUAUGCAGUCCUUAAAAACUACUGCCAUGAACACAGCCGAUGAACUCUCAGAGGUCUUCUUAGAAAUGAGAGCUCAUCUGUAUCUGUAUGCUGGGACCCUCCUGUUGAAGAUGGCCUUGGAAAAAGAGCAGCAGUGGAGAGCCGUAGUUCAUUUAGCAGCCUUUUGUUACCUUCUGGCUUAUCAGGCUCCCAGGCCAAAGCCAAAGCCUGAGAAAGGUGACCUGGCACAACCGAAACCUCUAGAGUCGUUAGCCUGUUAUCGUCAAAGCCAAGCAGGCCACAUGCUGCUGAAUCUGAAUCAGGAGCCGGAGCACUUAAUAAAGGAGGUGGUGGAGGUGUUUGGGAACAGGAGCGGGCAGGAAAGUCUGGUGGAGAUGCUCCUCAGUGUACAAGGUCCUUCCAGCCGCUCAUUCAUUGGAAACGAUUCUAUAAGUGGCAUCAGUACCCAGACACCAGAUAUACAAGAACUUGCCAAGUGUGACGGUGGUUCAAUCCUGCACUAUGGGGAUUUGCAGUACCUAACUUGGUUGGGCUUACAGUGGUCAAUGUUGGGCGAGAGGCCAGCCCUGAAAGACUGGCUGAAGCAGCUCUAUCCUCGUCUCACUUUGGAGACCUUCAAAGUGGACACCAACACUCCGGAGUCGAUCUGUCUGCUGGACCUUGAGGUCUUUUUAUUUGGUGUCGUGUUCACAAGUCACACUCAGCUACAGGAGACUGCAAAGAUUUCUGCCGGCUCCCAGCUGCAUGAGCCACGAUGUUUGCCUUUGCAGCUCAUGAAACUCUUGACGUCGGAGAGACAGCGAGAGUGGUGGGACGCAGUCUACAGCCUCAUUCAUAAAAAAGCACUUCCUAAUAUGUCUGCCAAGCUGCGGAUGAUUGUCCAGCAUGGCCUGAGCACACUGCGCGCAGGAGAGAAACAUGGCCUUCAGCCUGCACUGCUCAUCCACUGGGCCAGGCACCUCAGCAUAACAGGUGAUGGCGUGAACUCCUACUAUGACCAGAAAGAGUAUAUUGGCCGUAGUGUCCACUACUGGAAUGUUGUUCUUCCCUUGCUGGAGAAAAUUGAGAAGAGGCGCAGCAUCGCUGAACCCCUCGAUCCAAUGUUUAAGCAUUUUAGGAGUAAAGACAUACAGGCUUCUGAAGUCAAAGGGUAUGAAGAGGAAGCCAUGAUCGCUUUUGCCACUCUGCUCGACGUCGAGGGCAAAACUGAUCAGGCCAUUUUGAAGCUUGAGAAGCUCAAUAGUGUCUCUUCACAUUGGCAUCUUGCUCGGAUCUAUCAGAGGCUUUCUGAGGAGGCAGGAAACGGUGUUGAAGAAACUCAAGACAUGUGUAUGAACUUUCUCCGGCAGUUCAAGAAAUACUUAUCAAAGAUCUACCACGCCAGCGCAGACGAUAUGGAGAAGCUGCCUGUGUCAAUGGAGGAAGUUAUGGAUUUGCUGAAUGAUGUCAAUCAGCAGCUUGGGGACAGUGGAGAGGCUUUGGACGGAGUUGAUGGAGGACUUCCAAUGACCUCGAGCCCAAGAUCACUAACAGAUCCAGCAGUGGCUGCUCCUCACAAAAUGUCCAUGUCAUCCCCAGCCAAAAGUGUUCUCUCCCCCUCCAAAAGACCAGUGUUUUCUCCCAAGACUCCCCCUCAUUGGGUGGAAGAUCAGAAGUCACUCUUGAAGAUGCUCUGUGAACAAGUCGAGGCUUUAAAGAAUGAGGUUCAUGACCUGAGGCACAACGCGUCAGAAACAACAGACUCUCCGUAUAACCGAGUGUAUCCAGGAAAUUACUCAGCAGAGGCCCUACAGGAGCCCUUUUCAGCUACACAGACAUUUCAUGGAGUACCACUUACAGUUGCCACUACAGGUCCCUCAGUGUACUACAAUCAGUCCCCUGCAUAUAAUUCACAGUACCUUCUUCGCCCUGCUGCUAAUGUAACGCCAACAAAGGCACCGGUCUACGGAGUGAAUCGCCUCCCUCAGCAACAUAUGUAUGCCUACCAACAGCCAACACACACACCACCUCUUCAAACAGCGUCAUGCAUAUAUUCACAAGACCAGGUCUUCGGUACCCCUCUUAGGUUUGAGUCACCUGCCACAGCCUUACUCUCUCCUUACAGUGAAGAAUACUGUGGUCAUAAUGUUUCUCAGUCUUCGACCAAUCCAACAUUGCCAGAGCCUGGAUACUUCACUAAGCCCCCUGUCAUACCCGCCCAGUCCUAUAAGAGCAGUGAAGGCAAAUCAUCUGACUUGAAGAUGAGCUUCAGCUCGCAGGUUCCUGUUGAACCUCCGAAGGUUCCCUCUUUUGGUAGUGGGCCUACACAGACAAAUCCAGCAGGAACAGCUUUCAAGUUUAAUUCAAAUUUUAAAUCUAAUGACGGGGACUUUACCUUCUCAUCGACGAAUGUGAAAAACAACAGCGAAAGCCUUUUGGGGCUUCUGACUUCAGAUAUUCCACCCAGAACUGAAGCACAUUCAGCACUGAAGCCUCAAACACAAGACCAGGCAGCUAGCAACACUGGAAUCUUUACUUUUGGGAGCAAAACUUCCUCAGGAUUUUCGUUUACUGAUGUUGCCCAGGCCAAAACUCUUUUUGGAAAACCUGACCAAACAUUUGGCUUUGCAUGUAUGACCAAGCCAGGAUCUGGGACAGGAAACACAGAGGAAAAUGAUGAGAAGUGUGCAGAAAGUGAUGACAGCACCCAUGUUGAAGAGGAUGAGGAUGGACCCCAUUUUGAGCCCAUUGUGCCUCUGCCAGACAAGGUUGAUGUAAAAACGGGUGAGGAGGAGGAAGAGGAGAUGUUCUGUAACAGGGCGAAAUUGUUCAGAUUCGAGGCUGAAACUAAAGAAUGGAAGGAAAGAGGAAUCGGAAGCAUCAAAAUCCUGAAACACAAAACCUCAGGGAAAUUUCGGGUGUUGAUGAGGAGGGAGCAAGUUCUGAAAAUCUGCGCCAAUCAUUACAUCACAGCGGACAUGGUUUUGAAACCAAACGCUGGGUCUGAUAAGUCAUGGGUGUGGCAUGCAAUCGACUAUGCUGAUGAAAUGCCGAAGACCGAACAGCUGGCUAUUCGCUUCAAAACAGCAGAUGAAGCAGCUUUAUUCAAACUAAAAUUUGUGGAGGCUCAGAGAGCCAUUCAGUCUCUGCAAAUACAAGAUCAGCCAAAGGAAAGUAACUCCAAGUCCUCUGCUCCUCAGGGGUCGGGCAAAAAGUUGGAUCUAAAAACUCAGUUUGCAAAGAAGGAAGGCGAAUGGGACUGCAACGUCUGCUGUGUAAGAAAUGGCCCAUCAUCUAAGAGUUGUGUGGCGUGUAACAGUCCCAAUCCUGAUCUUUUAAAAUCUGAAGCUAAACCGGCAGAUGGGUUCAGAAGUGCCACCAAUGUGACUCCCUCUGCAGGUACAUUCACCUUUGGACUUGGCGCUAAGGAUACCAGCUCUGAAACCGGCUUUAAAGGAUUUGGAGAUCAGAUUCCAUUUUCUUUUAAGUUCGGAACACAAGCAACCACAGCACCAUCCAGUCAGAGUGACAAAAAGUCUGGUCAGUGGGAAGCUGCAGCAGAGAGUACUGUGUCGAAUAAGAGUCUAAAUCCCUCUGUGCAGGCGGUAAGCAACUCUUCAAGUGUUGCACCAACAGGUUUCUCGUUUGGGUCUGGAUUUGCUCAGUUUGCUAAGAAACCUGGACAGUGGGAUUGUCCCACAUGUGCAGUGAGGAAUGAGGCGUCUGCAAGCACUUGCGUUGCAUGUCAAACCUCAAAUCCUUCAGCCAAAACCGUCCCUGCACCAGAACCCGUCAAAUCGUCCGCGAGUCCUGGACUUGGACCUGGACUUGAUCAGUUUGCCAAGAAACCUGGACAGUGGGAUUGUGAUACCUGCUUAGUCAGGAAUGAUGCAGCUGCCACAAAGUGCAUUUCCUGCCAGACCCCAUGUAGCACUGCAAAAAGUCAGGGUGGUCUGGCAAUGUUUGGUAAAAAAGAAGGACAGUGGGAUUGUGAGACUUGCCUGGUAAGAAAUGAAGGCACGUCCAGUCACUGUGUGUCGUGCCAGGAACCUAAAGCAAGUGCAAAAAGCUCUUUAGCCGCACCAGCAUCUUCCUCCUUCAGCUUUAGUUUCGGCAGUAACGAUAACCAACCUGCCGGUACUGGGUUUAAAGCCAACUUUGAUGCUAGUAGCACUUUUCAGUUUGGACAGAGUAAGAAAGAAACGACAUCAGCAGCUUUUAAAUUUGAGUCUUCUGCGGCUCAGGUUGAAACAUCUUCAAGCACUUCAACUUUCUCUUUUUCAUCACCAGCAUCUGCCAAUGGAUUUAAGUUUGGUCUUAGUGAACCAGAAACAACGCCAGCAGUAAGUCAAGCACAGAGUGGAUCUGCCUCAAGUUUUCUGAAAAAUAUUGCCGAACAACACAGAGAGAAAGAAAAAGAGGCAGCCUCUUCUACUCCGUCUCCGGCCAUGGCUGGUAAUGAUGACAAUCCACUCCUUACAUCAAAGCUGAACGCCUUCAGUUUUGCGGACUUGGCAAAGUCUUCACAAGGUAACUUUCAGUUUGGGCAGAAAGAUCCUAGUUUUACAGGCUUCGCAGGAGCUGGUGAGCAGCUUUUCACUUCAUUACGGGAAGGCCAAAAGGCAGACACCUCUGUUGAUCAAGACGAGGAAGAUAUGUACAAGACUGAAGAAAAUGAUGACAUUCAAUUUGAACCUGUGGUUAAGAUGCCUGAGAAAGUUGAACUUGUUACAGGGGAGGAGGACGAGGAAUGUCUUUACACAAACCGUGUUAAGCUCUUCAGGUUUGAUUGUGAAACUCAGCAGUGGAAGGAAAGAGGAGUCGGGAACCUUAAAAUUCUAAAAAAUAAUGAAAAUGGUAGGCUUAGAGUUCUUAUGAGGAGAGAGCAAGUGUUGAAGGUGUGUGCUAAUCACUGGAUCACUACCACAAUGAACUUGAAGCCUCUUGCUGGGUCAGAUCGUGCCUGGAUGUGGCAAGCUAGCGACUUUUCAGAUGGUGAUGCCAGGUUCGAACAGUUGGCCGCCAAGUUCAAAACCCCAGAACUUGCAGCAGAGUUCAAGCAAAAGUUUGAGGAAUGUCAGCGACUCCUUCUGGACAUUCCUCUGCAGACGCCUCACAAGCUUGCAAAUUCCAGCAGAACGGCGCAUCUCAUACAGAAAGCUGAGGAGAUGAAAUCUGGUCUCAAAGACCUCAAGUCAUUCUUGACUUAUGAUGGGAUUAAAAGCAAGGAUGAAGAAGGCAGUGCCACCGUUGCAAAUGACACUUCUGAGCUCGUAAUCAAGCCACACUCUGAGAGCACGGGAUCUACUUUGGAAUGGGACAACUACGAUUUGCAGAAAGAUGUUCAUGAUGAAAGUGCAGACACGUCCAUCUAUGCCUCUCCACUGGCUAGCAGCCCACUGCAAAAAAGCUUGUUCCGCUUUGGGGAAUCGUCUGCUGGGUUUAGCUUCAGUUUCCAGCCCGUUCUCAGUCCUUCGAAAUCCCCAGCUAAGCUAAACCAAAGCAGAACUUCUGUUGGCACAGAUGAUGAACAAGAAACGACCCAAGAAGAGGAGAGGGACGGACAGUACUUUGAGCCAGUUGUGCCUUUGCCUGAUCUUGUUGAGAUUUCAACCGGAGAAGAGAACGAGCAGGUAGUGUUCAGUCACAGAGCAAAGUUAUAUCGGUACGAUAAAGACCUUAGCCAGUGGAAGGAGAGAGGCAUCGGGGACCUCAAGAUUUUACAAAAUUAUGAUACUAAGCGCACACGGCUUGUGAUGAGACGGGACCAAGUCCUCAAACUAUGCGCAAACCACUGGAUAACUUUGGAUAUGAAGCUGGAGCCGAUGAAAGGAGCUGAAAAGGCGUGGAUCUGGAGCGCUUACGACUUUGCCGAAGGAGAAGGGAAGGUUGAGCAGUUAGCUGUGCGCUUCAAAUUGCUGGAAACGGCGAAUACUUUCAAAGAAUUAUUUGACAAAGCCAAGGACGCUCAGGAGAAGAAAAUUCUCCUUGCGACUGCUUCUCCUAGAGAACCGUUGACCUCAGUUGACCUUUGUGGGAAAGCUGCCAUUGCAGUGCUUGAGGAAACCACCAGGCUAACUACUGAGCAGCCUUCUGAAGGCUGUCAUACGCCGAGUGGGAAAAGUCCUCACAGUCCGCAGAGCUCCUCUAAAACGGUGGUGUCUCCCCCCAAGUUUGUCUUUGGAACAGACUCUGUACAGAAAAUCUUUGGAAGCCCACUGUCUUCAAAAGAGAUGGUCCCUGCCAUUGCUGCAGGUUCCAAAGACAAGGCGUCGAGUAGCACUUCUGACCCCAAAACUUUUGGAAGCAGUUCAGUGUCGGGUGUAACUCCAUUCAGAGUACCGGAAAGAGGAUUGGAUUUUAGGCUUUUUAAAGAUAACCCUAUGGCUUUUUGGACGUGUACAUCAGCCACCCAAUUUGACACUCAAGUUCCUUCUCACACUCAGCCAGAUGUACGAGAUGCUGGAGACCAGAGUGACUCGGACAUAGAAAUUGUAUUUGAACGACAGCCGACUAAGGAGCAGGCGGAGCUAGCCCGGAAGUUGAUGCUACCACCUGCGUUCUUCACUUACAAAAACGAGCCAGGAUACGUCAGCGAUGACACUGACGAUGAAGAUUAUGAAACUGCAGUGAGGAACCUGAAAGGAAGGCUGUACCCUGAUUCUCCCAGACCUGACCAAGCUCAGGCCAGUGGAGGUGUGAAAGACCCUGACUGUGUGCUGGUUUGGGAGAAGAAACCAACGCUGGAGGAGGAGAGACGAGCCAAGAGCCUUCAGCUCCCUCCCACCUUCUUCUGUGGGGCCGGUAGUGAUACGGACACUGAGCCUGACAGGCCAGAGGAUUUUGGAACGGAGCUACGAAAGGUGCAGCAAGCUCAGAGUGAAUUAAACAGCCAGAAGGGGGCGUCCUCUAAUGAAAGCCUCCCUAAGAGCAGUGAUGCCAGCGCAGAACCCAUCAAGGCCUCCUCAGUCCAGACUGCCAUCGCUGAUAAUGGCUGCCCCAUUGAUCUCUCCACCAAGAGCCAUGAAGCAGAAGCACCAGCUGACUCAAACACCAGCCAAGAUGCUCCUCCUGCUUUUACGUUUGGAUCUGCAGUUGGAUUUUCGUUUGCAGACUUGGCGAAGAAUUCGGGUGAAUUUGCCUUUGGGACAAAAGAUUCAAACUUCUCUUGGGCGAACGCUGGAGCCGCCGUCUUUAGCAGCGCCAUGACAACACGGAAUGAGGAUGAGGAGGAGGGCAGUGAUGAUGAUGCUUCUAACAAUACAGACAUCCAUUUUGAGCCUAUUGUUUCCCUGCCAGAGGUUGAGGUGAAGUCUGGUGAGGAGGACGAGGAGAUCCUCUUCAAAGAGAGGACGAAGCUGUACAGAUGGGACCGUGAUUUGAACCAGUGGAAAGAGCGCGGCGUCGGAGACAUAAAGAUCCUCUUCCAUCCAGUAAAGAAGUGCUACCGUGUGCUCAUGAGGCGCGAGCAGGUCUUAAAGGUGUGCGCCAACCACACCAUCACCAUGGCUAUGGAGCUCAAACCAAUGAACACCUCUUCCAACGCGCUGGUUUGGACAGCUAACGACUACGCAGAAGGGGACGCUAAGGUGGAGCAGCUCGCUGCCAAGUUCAAAACCCCUGAACUCGCCGAAUCCUUCAGGAAAGCCUUCACGGAAUGUCAGAGCCGUUUGAGCCAGGCCGACGUCUCCCAGUCCUCCAGGGUGGCGGAGCUUUCUAGAGCGAGUAACCCUGUGGUCUUCUUCACUGUGGCUGCUGACGGUGAGGUUAUUGGCAAGAUCACCAUGGAGCUGUUCGCCCACAUCGUCCCGAAAACUGCAGAAAACUUCCGAGCUUUGUGCACUGGAGAGAAAGGCUUCGGAUACCGCAACUCGGUUUUCCACAGGAUAAUCCCGGAUUUCAUGUGUCAGGGAGGCGACAUCACCAACCAGGACGGCACCGGCGGAAAGUCCAUCUACGGGGGCAAGUUUGAGGACGAGAACUUCGACGUGAGGCACACCGGGCCGGGCCUGCUGUCCAUGGCCAACCGCGGCAGAGACACUAACAACUCCCAGUUCUUCAUCACCCUCAAAAAGGCCGAGCACCUGGACUUCAAGCACGUUGCGUUCGGCUUCGUCAGAGACGGCGCGGACGUGGUGAAGCGGAUGGGAGAGCUCGGAUCUAAAAGCGGCAAACCCAGCAGAACCAUCACAGUGGUAGACUGUGGACAGCUGUGAUUCUGCUCUCCGGGCACUUCAGAGGUUCUUUCAUGUUCUGCCUGCGUUUCUGUGGUUCCUCAGCUGUGAAUCCCUCCCGGUCAGGCGUGUCGGAGGGAUGACCAAAGCGGAUCGUUCUGAAGCCUCUUUCUCGUUUGCUGUGUGUCCUAUUUUUGUUGUUUGUUUGUUUGUUUGUUGUUGUUUGUUUGUGUGUGAAAGCGCUGCUGAAAUCUUCACUCCGACUCUAACAGGAGUGCUGAGUGUAAAACUGCAGCUUUCUGUCUCUGAUGGUCUGUUUAAUAACUCAGAUGUGAAGAUUGUGAAGGUGACGGUGUUGCAGAGCGAAACCUUCUCACUGAUCCUCCCCACCUCAUCAGCGCCGCUGACCCCAACAGCGUAAUUAGGUCCAAACUCCAGGGUUUGUAGCGUUUCCGUCUGCAUGGAUUGUAAUAAACCUGUUUUGGAUGAUGGAGCCUUGGUUUAAUAACAGAUUAAUAACAGCUUAUUCCUUCACUGCUUGUCCUUCAUCCCAGUGAUUUUCCUCUAAAAUGUGCAGGGAAUUCCCAAAUCCCAGGACUGUGUAACAGAAACUCUGCUGAUUAGGUUCACUUUUCCAUUCACACUCGUGGAUGAAGCAGUGAGGAAUGUCUAUCGUCUUAAUCAGUGACUGUGUGUGUUUUUACUCUGUAGAGAGUUCUGGUAAUUAUGCUUUUUACAGCAUUUAAAUGAUGGAGAUUCUACAUUUCCCCCUUUUUGCCUAUUAAAAGUUCAACGUUUAA